AUGGCGAGAUUCCACCUGUUCGAGGGGCCGUUGUUGCUUUUGAAGCCUUUCGAAUUACAACGGCGGUUUUUCAACUUUAUUACAGAAUGGAGGUUACAGAGGAUUGAUACCACAUAUUCGAGGGAGGGAUUGAAAGAAGGGAUUAGAAUGGUGAGUCAAACAUUAGGGUUUUUUGACUGUAUUUUAUGUUCUUUUAGGGAAUUCACAGGUUGGCUAGAGACCUUCGGGAAGAAAAUACGCAUGAACUUUUAAAAUACACAGGAGUUGAUCUCCAGACGAAACUAAAGAUGCGGCUUCCCGAAAUUCCCCGAGAAGAACUGAAGCAAAAGUUAAACUUCGAAUUGGAGAACGUCCGCAGGGUAGAUAUCCACUCCAUGGUUAUUUCUUUGGAGGGAAAAGUUUUGGGUGAGAUUUUACUUGUUUUUUAAAAAUAUUUAGAUGGCCAAGCAUGCUGUUAGUCGUUUGAAAUUGAUUAUACUGAUUUUAUUUUGUUUUUUCUCAACCCUUGCGGGUUUCAUGGAUUUCUAAUGCCCAAAUUCAGCAAAACAAAAACAUUUCGAAAGCGGGGCCUCGCGGGGUUUUAUUUUGACCUAGUUAUUUUUUCGAAGGUGAUUUCACUGGCAUUAUUGUAUUUAUAUAUACGUCAUCUUAGCAUGCCUUUCGUUUCACCCGAGAUUAAUGCCAAGCGCUCACCCUCUGAACGCCGCCCGUCUUUUGUCGACCUUGGAAUGAAUCACAAUUCUUUUCUCGACUUCACCCAAAAAAGUUCUGAUUUCUUCCUAACCCUAUUUGAAAGGCUGAUUAAUUGCAAUUUAUCUAUGGAAACGACAUCUGUAGUUCUUAGUAUCAGACAAUUCAAAUUUUAGUUAUGGCUGUUAUUCCUAUUUUCAGAUGAAAGUUCGCGAUUCUCAGCUUUCGUAACAGCCAUUGGUUUCAUCGACCCUAAAGGAACUGGGCCAAUUUCACAGUUUGAGGUUGGCCGGAGGAUAAAUGAUCUCUUGGUGUGCAAUAUAACGUAAGAUGGGCAAGAGAUACACGUUUAGAUACUUUCAGAUUCUCCCGAAUGAUUUCGCCCAUGGGGAGAUGGCGAAUAUCAGAUGUAAACUACUUUGAUCCUGCUGUUGUCUCGGAGAAGGCACCUGUUCUUGUUUGA